UCCAUGGUGGCUAAUCUUUUCAAGAGCUUGAUUUUACCUUACAUCCAUAAGCUUUGUAAAGGAAUGUUUACAAAGAAAUUGGGAAAUACAACCAAAAAAAAAGAGAAUCAUUCCCAAAAAAAGGAUCAAGAUUUUCCCACAGCUACGCAGAGCAAAACUCCCACAUUUUCUAAUACUUUAAAAAGCACUGUAAAGAAGAUUGCAAAGUGUUCAUCUGCUCGCAACUUAUCUAUAGAAGAAGACGAGGCUAGUAAGGAGUUUUCCCUCUCACCAACCUUCAGUUACAGAGUGGCUAUUGCCAAUGGUCUACAAAAGAACAUUAAUGUAACCAGCAGCGACCAUGAGGAUCUGCUUCCUGAGCUUUCUUCAAUCGAGAGUUCCUAUUCCGAGUCAUUAAAUGAACUAAGGAGUAGUACAGAAAACCAGGUACAGUCAGCACACACCAUGCCAGUUAGACGCAACAGAAAGAGCUCAAGCAGCCUUGCGCCCUCUGAAGGCAGCUCUGAUGGGGAACGCACUCUACAUAGUUUAAAACUAGGAGCUUUACGAAAAUUGCGGAAAUGGAAGAAGAGUCAAGAGUGCAUCUCCUCAGACUCAGAGCUGAGCACCAUGAAGAAAACCUGGGGAAUCCGAAGCAAGUCUUUGGACAGAACUGCCCGAAACCCAAAGACAAGUGCUCUAGAGCCUGGAUUCAGUUCGUCUGGCUGCAUUAGCCAAACACAUGACGUCAUGGAAAUGAUCUUUAAGGAACUUCAGGGAAUAAGUCAGAUCGAAACAGAACUUACUGAGCUUCGAGGUCACGUGGAUGCCCUCAAACACUCCAUUGAUGAGAUUUCCAGUAGUGUAGAGGUUGUACAAAGUGAAAUUGAGCAACUGCGUACAGGGUUUGUCCAGUCCCGGAGGGAAACUAGAGACAUCCAUGAUUAUAUUAAACACUUAGGUCAUAUGGGAAGCAAGGCAAGCCUGAGAUUCUUAAAUGUGCCUGAAGAAAGAUUUGAGUAUGUUGAAAGUGUGGUGUACCAAAUUCUAAUAGAAAAAAUGGGUUUUUCAGAUGCACCAAAUGCUAUUAAAAUUGAAUUUGCUCAGAGGAUAGGGCACCAAAGAGACUGUCCAAAUGCAAAACCUAGACCUAUACUUGUGUACUUUGAAACCCCUCAGCAAAGAGAUUCGGUCUUAAAAAAAUCAUAUAAACUCAAAGGAACUGGCAUUGGAAUCUCAACAGAUAUUCUGACUCAUGACAUCAAAGAAAGAAAGGAGAAAGUAAUACCAUCUUCACAGACUUAUGAAAGCAUGGACAUAAAGUUGUCUACUCCAGAACCCAAAAUCAAGAAGAACAAUUGGCAGUCACCUGAGGACAGUGAAGGAGAGUUGGAAUCUGACCUUAAUAGAAACAGUUACGCUGUGUUUUCCAAGUCUGACUUUCCAAUAAAAGGAAGUGUUUCCAAAUCAAGUUCAAAAUCACACAGUUCUAGAUCCAGGAAUAAAGCUGUUAAUAGCAGCAGAAGUUCAUAUAAAUCAGAUUAUGAUAAAAUUUCCUCACAGCUGUCAGAAUCAGAUAACUUAGAAAAACAAACUACAGCCCACUAUGCAGAUGCAGUACCUCUCUGGCAUUCACAGAGUGAUUAUUUCACUACUAAACUUAGUCGUUCUGAAUCGGAUUUUUCCAAGUUGUGUCAGUCUUACUCAGAGGAUUUUUCAGAAAAUCAGUUUUUCACUAGAACUAAUGGCAGCUCCCUUCUGUCAUCAUCAGAUAGGGAACUUUGGCAAAGGAGACAGGAGGGCACAUCCAUCUUAUACGACAGCCCUCAGGAGCUGCACUUGAAUGGGAGUGUUCAGGGUGUCCAGGAGCAGACAGAAAGCAAGAACACAGAAACUGUGGAUAGUGGAAUGAGUAAUGGCAUGGUAUGUGCAUCUGCAGACCAGAGUCAUUAUAGUGAUUCUCAGCUCUCUUUACAUGAGGAUCUUUCUCCAUGGAAGGAAUGGGAUCAAGCAGAGCCAACAGCUGAUUUAGGAUUGGACUCAUCUGCCCAAGCAACUUUUGACUAUGACACAAACAGUCUAUCUGACCAACAGCUGGACGUUGACAAUAAAGACUUGGAAGAUUUGAGCAAGUGCCACAGUGACCUUCAAGAUGACUCGGAGAGCUAUGAUUUAACCCAGGAUGACAACUCAUCUCCAUGCCCUGGAUUGGAUAAUGAGCCCCAAGGCCAGUGGGUUGGAAAAUAUGGUUCUUAUCAGGAAGCUAAUUCUAAUGAGCUGUACCGAAAUCAAAGUCCAUUGUCGAUGAUGUAUCAAAGUCAAAGUGAACUUCAGAGUGAUGAUUCAGGAGAUGCCCCACCCAAAUCUUGGCAUAGUCGAUUAAGCAUUGACCUUUCUGAUAAAACUUUCAGCUUCCCCAAAUUUGGGUCCACAUUACAGAGGGCUAAGUCAGCUUUGGAGGUGGUAUGGAACAAAAGUACCCAGAGUCUCAGUGGUUAUGAGGAUAGUGGUUCUUCCUUGAUGGGGAGGUUUCGGACAUUAUCCCAGUCAACGGCAAAUGAAUCAAGUACAACCCUUGACUCUGAUGUCUACACAGAGCCUUAUUACUACAAAGCUGAGGAUGAGGAGGACUAUAGCGAACCAGUGGCUGAUAAUGAAACAGAUUAUGUGGAAGUGAUGGAACAAGUCCUUGCUAAGCUAGAAAACAGGACUAGUACGACUGAAACGGAUGAACAAAUGCAAGAAUAUGAUCACCCUUCAUAUGAAACACCUUAUGAAACUCCACAAGAUGAGGGUUAUGAUGGACAGGCAGAUGAUGUGGUUAGUGAAGGGGAAUUGGAGCCCUUAAGUAAACCAACAGCUGAAGUGGGAAUUAAAGAAGACGAAAACCAAAACAUCCCCGAACAGCCAGUGGAAAUCACAAAGCCAAAGAGAAUUCGUCCCUCCUUCAAAGAAGCAGCUCUAAGAGCCUAUAGGAAGCAAAUGGCUGAGUUGGAAGAGAAGAUCCUGGCUGGAGAUAGCAGUUCUGUGGAUGAAAAGGCUCGAAUAGUAAGUGGCAGUGAUUUGGAUGCUUCCAAAUUCUCUUCUCUGCAGGUGUUUGGUGGGGCUGGACGGGGGCUCUACGGCAUUGACAGUAUGCCAGAUCUCCGCAGGAAGAAAACUUUGCCUAUUGUACGAGAUGUGGCCAUGACCUUGGCUGCCCGGAAAUCUGGACUUUCCCUAGCCAUGGUGAUUAGAACAUCACUAAACAAUGAGGAACUGAAAAUGCAUGUCUUCAAGAAGACUUUGCAGGCAUUGAUCUACCCCAUGUCUUCCACCACCCCACACAAUUUUGAGGUCUGGACAGCUACAACGCCCACCUAUUGUUAUGAGUGUGAAGGGCUCCUGUGGGGCAUUGCCAGGCAAGGCAUGAAGUGUUUGGAAUGUGGAGUGAAGUGUCAUGAAAAGUGCCAGGACCUCCUCAACGCUGACUGUUUGCAGAGAGCAGCAGAAAAGAGUUCCAAGCAUGGUGCUGAAGACAAGACUCAGACCAUUAUUACAGCCAUGAAAGAAAGAAUGAAGAUCAGGGAGAAGAACAGGCCAGAAGUGUUUGAAGUAAUUCAGGAAAUGUUUCAGAUUUCGAAAGAUGAUUUUGUACAGUACACAAAGGCAGCCAAACAAAGUGUUCUGGAUGGGACAUCUAAGUGGUCAGCAAAAAUCACUAUUACAGUGGUUUCUGCACAAGGCUUGCAGGCAAAAGACAAAACUGGGUCCAGUGACCCAUACGUUACAGUUCAAGUGGGAAAAAACAAAAGGAGAACUAAAACCAUUUUUGGAAACCUGAAUCCAGUAUGGGACGAGAAGUUUUAUUUUGAAUGCCAUAACUCCACAGAUCGAAUCAAAGUCAGAGUGUGGGAUGAAGAUGAUGACAUUAAAUCCAGAGUCAAACAACAUUUCAAAAAGGAGUCUGAUGAUUUUCUCGGACAGACAAUUGUAGAAGUGAGAACUCUGAGUGGAGAAAUGGAUGUCUGGUACAACCUAGAGAAACGGACAGAUAAGUCUGCUGUAUCUGGUGCAAUUCGGUUGAAAAUCAAUGUGGAAAUUAAAGGAGAAGAGAAGGUUGCUCCAUACCAUAUACAAUAUACAUGUUUACAUGAGAAUCUAUUCCAUUACUUGACUGAAGUGAAAUCUAAUGGUGCAGUAAAAAUCCCAGAGGUGAAGGGGGAUGAAGCCUGGAAGGUUUUCUUUGAUGAUGCUUCACAAGAAAUAGUUGAUGAAUUUGCCAUGCGUUAUGGAAUUGAAUCCAUUUAUCAAGCUAUGACGCACUUUUCAUGUCUGUCUUCUAAAUACAUGUGUCCCGGUGUCCCUGCCGUCAUGAGCACUUUGCUUGCUAAUAUAAAUGCUUUCUACGCUCACACAACAGUCUCAACUAAUGUACAGGUUUCUGCCUCAGACAGAUUCGCUGCCACCAACUUUGGUAGAGAAAAAUUCAUAAAACUACUGGACCAAUUACAUAACUCUUUAAGGAUUGACUUGUCAAAAUAUAGGGAAAACUUCCCUGCCAGCAAUAAUGAAAGACUGCAAGACCUGAAGUCAACUGUUGACCUUCUGACAAGCAUCACCUUUUUUAGGAUGAAGGUUCUAGAGCUGCAGAGUCCCCCUAAGGCCAGCAUGGUGGUGAAGGACUGUGUCAGAGCUUGCCUGGAUUCCACAUACAAAUAUAUUUUUGACAAUUGCCAUGAACUCUAUUCUCAGCUGAUAGACCCGAGUAAGAAACAAGACAUUCCUCGGGAGGAACAGGGACCAACUACCAAGAAUUUGGAUUUUUGGCCCCAACUUAUUACCCUGAUGGUCACUAUUAUUGAUGAGGAUAAAACCGCCUACACACCUGUCCUGAAUCAGUUUCCUCAAGAGCUGAACAUGGGAAAAGUAAGUGCUGAAAUUAUGUGGACCCUUUUUGCAUUGGAUAUGAAGUAUGCAUUAGAAGAACAUGAGAAGCAGCGAUUAUGCAAGAGCACCGAUUAUAUGAAUUUGCAUUUCAAAGUGAAAUGGUUUUAUAAUGAAUAUGUGCGUGAACUUCCUGCCUUCCAGGAUGCUGUGCCUGAAUACUCCCUGUGGUUUGAACCUUUUGUCAUGCAGUGGCUAGAUGAAAAUGAAGAUGUGUCAAUGGAGUUUCUUCACGGAGCCCUGGGAAGAGACAAAAAAGAUGGGUUCCAGCAGACAUCCGAUCAUGCCCUCUUCUCUUGCUCUGUGGUUGACGUCUUUGCUCAGCUUAAUCAGAGUUUUGAGAUUAUUAAGAAACUGGAAUGCCCUAAUCCUGAAGCAUUAUCUCACUUAAUGAGAAGAUUUGCAAAGACUAUUAACAAAGUGCUGCUCCAGUAUGCUGCAAUUGUAUCAAGUGAUUUCAGUUCAUAUUGUGAUAAGGAAAACGUGCCCUGUAUCUUGAUGAACAAUAUUCAACAAUUACGAGUGCAGCUAGAAAAAAUGUUUGAAUCUAUGGGAGGGAAAGAGCUAGAUCCAGAAGCUAGUACUAUUCUCAAGGAACUUCAAGUUAAACUCAAUGGGGUUCUGGAUGAACUCAGUGUCACUUAUGGGGAAAGUUUUCAGCUUAUAAUUGAAGAGUGUAUAAAACAGAUGAGCAUUGAACUAAAUCAAAUGAGAGCAAAUGGAAACACCAGCUCUAAUAAGAACAGCGCAGCAAUGGAUGCUGAGAUUGUGCUAAGAUCUCUCAUGGACUUCUUAGACAAAACAUUAAGUCUCUCAGCAAAAAUCUGUGAGAAGACAGUGCUAAAGCGAGUUUUGAAAGAGCUGUGGAAGCUAGUUCUUAACAAAAUAGAAAAACAAAUUGUUCUUCCUCCCCUGACAGAUCAAACAGGACCCCAGAUGAUUUUCAUCGCAGCCAAAGAUCUUGGACAGUUAUCCAAACUGAAGGAGCACAUGAUUCGAGAAGAUGCCAAGGGCCUGACACCAAGACAGUGUGCUAUAAUGGAGGUGGUCCUGGCUACGAUCAAGCAAUACUUUCAUGCAGGAGGAAAUGGCCUCAAAAAGAAUUUCUUGGAGAAAAGCCCAGAUCUUCAAUCUCUGAAAUAUGCUCUCAGUCUUUAUACCCAAACUACGGAUGCCUUGGUAAAGAAAUUCAUAGACACUCAAACCUCACAGAGUCGCUCCUCCAAAGAUGUAGUGGGCCAGAUAUCUGUUCAUGUGGACAUCACUGCCACCCCGGGAACUGGAGAGCAUAAAGUCACUGUAAAAGUGAUUGCUAUCAAUGACCUACACUGGCAGACCACAGCGAUGUUUCGGCCCUUUGUGGAAGUUUUCAUACUGGGACCCAACCUCGGAGACAAGAAGCGGAAACAAGGCACAAAGACGAAAAGCAACACGUGGUCACCCAAGUACAAUGAGACGUUCCAGUUCAUCCUGGGUAAUGAAAACCGUCCCGGGGCCUACGAACUGCAUCUCUCGGUUAAGGAUUACUGCUUUGCCCGAGAAGAUCGAGUUAUCGGUAUGACCGUCAUUCAGUUACAGAACAUAGCAGAAAAGGGAAGCUACGGGGCAUGGUACCCUCUUUUGAGAAGCAUCUCUAUGGAUGAAACUGGUUUGACUAUCCUUAGAAUACUCUCUCAGAGGACCAGCGAUGAUGUGGCUAAAGAAUUUGUAAGACUUAAAUCCGAAACCAGAUCAGCCGAAGAGAGCUCUUGA